CCUACACCUGCAGAGGUACUUGACCGUGUGACUACUCUCUACCUACUCUCCCCUCCCACCAUCUAACCACAACAUCUCAAAAUCCCUCGAUCCCCUCGUUCCUCCUAGUGAAUCGACUAUGGAAUCCACAACCGAUAACUAGAAGAGACUCAGCUAUCUCAUCCCACUGCCUUGCUCUCACUCCUCCUCCCACUCCCACUCCCACUCCUUACCUCGCCCUCGCGGUACAUGUAUCGAUAUCAGUAGUCCUUCCUUCCCUCGCCUCUCCAUCUCCAUAUCCAGCUUCACCGGCUCUGCGUUCCACCAGAAGCCCACUCCCACUCCCACGUCCACGUCCACUCCUGCACCCACGCAACCUCACACGAACCAGCCUUGUUGAACCUCAAUUCCGAGUCAUCAUCACCGCCUCAAAAAUUGCGUUGCACUCGGAAAGGGAGUCCAAUUCGCGACAAUAGUGUUGCAAUGGCAUCCAAAACCAGCGGACAUUUGCAGAAGCCUAGCCUCAUCGAUCGCCGAAAAUCUUCGACCCUUCACUACCAAACCUUUCCCACUCCUCCUCCAAAGUCCCGUGGAAGACCACCAGUGUCACCCACAAGUUCGUCAGGCUACCCCGAUGGUUCUGCCAACCCGCCACAUCAACCCGGCGAUGAGGAUGAGCAUCAGAGCUCCCCCCUUCCUACUCGGCAAUUGGCCAUCCUUGCGGUCAUAGCCUUAGCAGAGCAGACGGCGUUCAAUUCCAUAUCGCCUUACCUACCCGAAAUGACUUCGACCUUCUCCGAAGUCAAUGUGGAAAGUUUGGGGUUGUACGUGGGCAUAAUUGGCUCUUCCUUUGCGCUGGCUCAGUUUGCGACCAAUUUCUUUUGGGGGUGGUUGAGUGACAGGAUAGGCAGAAAACCCGUGGUGAUGAUGGGAACGGCCAUGACAGCAGCAUGCUUCGUGGCCUUUGGCUUCUGUAGAACACUGUGGCAAGCAGUGGUGGUGCAGGCUUUUAUGGGUCUGGUCAACGGAAAUCAGGGAGUGGUGAGUACCUGCCUGGGUGAAAUUACGGAUCGAAGUAACCAAAGCAAAGCCUUUGUAUACCUUCCCGUGAUUUAUGGAAUUGGAGGCAUUACUGGGCCGGCUCUGGGGGGCUUAUUGGUUGCACAUGACAGUGCAUACCCGUACCUGUUACCCAAUCUCUGCUCCGCAGCCAUUUUGCUCGUUGACCUCGUUCUCACAGGCUUUUUCUUGGAAGAAAGUUUGGAAGAAGCAAAGGAUCUACCAUCUCUUCAGAAACGAGUUACAUAUUUGUUUAGCUGGAUUUGGCAAUUUGCUGGGGGCGCUCGACGUCCAACGUAUCUUCGUAGACACAUGCAUCGAGAUGCACGACAUCGAGACUCACAGCUCAGAGCCCAUGGAGCUACAGACGAAACGGCAGACGAUUCCGUAUCCGAUGUUGAUAGUGAAAAUCACUCCUUACUAUCUGUCCCUGAUUUGUUUCCCCAAAACAAUGGUCAUCUUGGUAAAGAAAUACUCAACAGAAAUACGAUGCUCCUGCUAGGCACGUAUCUGAUCUUCCAACUUUCGAAUAUCUCCUUCAACUGCUUAUAUCCCAUUUUCGGUGAAGCAUCAGCUCCUACUGGUCGUGAGCUUGAGCCUUCAGAGAUAGGUCUAUCACUUUCUUUUGCUGGAAUAAUCACCAUUGUUUUCCAAGUUGGUAUUUUCGGGAGGUUGAAAGAAAAGAUGGGUAACAAAGCAACAUACAGGGCAGGUCUGUUUUUAUUCUUCAUUUCCAUGAUGAUAAUGCCUUGGGUAGGGUAUCGGGAUUCCCCAGCUCCUUUUGGCUGGGGGUCUGGCGAGACGUGGUUGUGGCUUGAGCUUGGAUUCGUCUUACUUUUGAAGACGGUCGCCGCAGUUGGUGGGUUGACAAGUGCGCUCUUACUGGUAUUUGACUCCCCCCAGAACCAUCUCGUAUAUCUGUCUGACUGUAAUGCGAUUUCUUAGAUCACGAAUUCAGCACCUAACCACUCAGUUCUUGGGACGCUCAACGGCCUUGCUCAGACCCUUUCCGCUGCGGGCCGCGCCGUAGGACCCUUCGUCUCGGGUGGUCUCUUCUCCCUCUCGACCCGCGUUCAACCCAAAGGUGAGGCGUUUGCAUGGGGCCUAUUUGGUGGCAUCGCAUUUAUCGGAUGGCUUCUUAGUUUCGGCAUCCGAGGGGAGGAGCUCGAAGGCGCGGAUUGGGAGGGAAGCGAGACUCAAGACGACGAAGAUGAUGACGAUUUAGAGAGCGAUGCUGGUAUCGACAGGAGAUGAAUGUUUUGAAAUUUCUUGAUUUCUUUGCUGGCUUUUUACUUUACAUGUUUCUUUUUGGGACGGCGAUAAGGCGUUAGAUAAGGCAGGCAGGCAUAAAUAGCGGAGUUCUUUAAUGUGCAAUAUUGGGUGGGUCGGUGGGGGAUUAGAGAUGAUGGACGGAUACAGCACAGCACAGUACAGCGCAUUUAGAUAUGUAUUACGAGAUUUGGGAGUUCAGAGGGCGUCAUGGGAUUGUAAAUGGAAGAAAGAGGGGAAUGAUGAUACCUAAUUAUGAGAUGUUACUUAGUUGUACAUGUACUGUAAGACUUACAUGUUUU